UCUUCCUCUCUAGAACAAACCCAGAUCUGGGUUUGAGACUAACUCUACAUUUCUCCAUCCACCUUCGCUUCUCUCCUCACUCGCCAUUUCUCCUUCGAAUCAACAGAUACUAUUGUGAAGAAAAGCUUGAAGCCUGGCGUCAUGGCCCUCGCAUGGCUUUGCGGCAACAAUGGAUGGUAUGCGUCGUCGUAGGCUCAUUGUAGGCUCGGCCACGUCAGGAUCUGGCUCUGUUAGCUCCGGCUUCGGCAGUAACAUGCGUCGGGAUUUGGCUCACUGUAGGCUCGAACAACGGUUGACAAUGCCCUUGGCUUGAAGAUCUUGCCCACCGUUGUCCUUGUCAUGAGUCUUUGCUUCAUCGGCUUUAUCACUGCUCUUCAUGUGUUUGGCAAGCUCUAUCGCUCCAAAUUUGGAGCUGAAGCAUGAUUCAUGUCUCGAACACCAUUCCUGUUUCGGAUCCUUUUUUUAGUCAUGUUUCAAUUUUAGCUUUGUAAAUGAUGGCAGGAUUGCAGUAUCUA